AUGGGGCCCCCGGGCAAUAGGGGAUCAUGGGGCUCCUGAGUCCUCGCCCACACUCAAACAAGCCUAUGAAAGGUAGCAGGGGCAUCUCAUGGGGCCCCCAAAUGACCCCGGGCCCUCGGGCAAUGACCAAGUACCCGGACGGUGAGUCCACCCCUGGUCAUGCGGCCACUUUAUUAGGUCCACCCAGGGGCGGACUGACAACUCAUGGGGCCCCGGGCAAUAGGGGAUCAUGGGGCCCCUGUCUCCUCGCCCAAACUCAAAAAAGCCUUUGAAAAAGGUACCAGGGGCAUCUCAUGGGGCCCCCUACUGACCCCGGGCCCUCGGGCAGUGCCCGAGUUUCCAAAUGGUCAGUCCGCCCCUGGGUCCACCU